AUGAAGAGAUUGCAAACUUUUUGUUGUUGUGCGUCCACGCGGACUGGCUCCAUCAUCACAGCAUGUCUUGGAAUAAUCCUGGCAAUAGCUACAAUUAUUAUGAUAUGGGUACUCGACAGGCACAAUGUAUCCUACAGGACAUUUAUAUUCGCUGAAGACUUUGACAAGAAACUUGCCGACAUGGACAUUCCAAGGAUAAUAUUAACAAUCAACCUGUGUUUUACCGUCCUUAUCUGUGGCCUUCUAAUCAUAGCAAUUUUAAAGAGACGAUCCUGGUUAAUGCUGCCCUGGGUGGUGUUAGGUAUAGUACUGGCAAUCGGGCUUCUGAUCAGUAUCCUUCACACCUCUAUCACCUAUUACUUGGAUGAACAAGACCGGACUAUUCUCGCCACUUUUAUAUUGAUCGGUGGACUAAUAUAUUUAUGCAUAUAUUUGUACCUGUGGGCGAUUGUAUUCAGCCACUAUCUGGAUGUCCGUGACGAGGAAGAGCGCGGAAGAUAUCGAAAGGCGCCUUACAAACGAUAA